AUGCUGCUCAUAGUGAUCUCUCUGCUGCAGUGCGAGCUGGGAGAACUGGUGUGUGAAGCAGGUCCACCUGCUUGUAUCCCACUUCAGAAGCGCUGCGACGACUUGUUCGACUGUCUGCCGUUCCACUCCGACGAGUCCAGCUGCCAGAAUUGUCCUCCGAUGUUCUGCCUGGAUCGGGGCUCGUGCCACAUGCACAAACACGGGCCCGUUUGCAUAUGUUCUCGGGAAUGGACGGGGAACCGUUGCCACAUGAAGGCGAAGCCGUCUCCCACCCUGACACCUGAACCAGAGGACAUGGUUCAUUGA